CCUGAGAUUCAAUUAUAGAAUGCUCAGAAAAAGUUAUAUCAUUCAUUUCAACAUUUUGUUUGGUUUCAACUUGAUAUCACCGACCAUGUCACCAAGAAUGAGCUAAAGUCUUCUGCAGUCAGUGAAGAAUAUUGUCAAUCAGAGAUCUACUGAUAAGACUUGGGGCGUGCAAUUGGUAUGUGAAAUUUUGACCAGCCUAGUGUGAAUGUCUGUAUCACAUCAUCCAUAACUCUCAGUGAAGAAGCAAUAUGUGGUCAAUUUCAAAGUCAGAAAAUGCAGUAUUUAUGAAACAAAAAGGCAACAUAGUUGGAAAAGUAUGGGAUAUUGCAGCUGCCAACAAUAAAGGAUGCAUCAAGAUAAUGAUGAAUGGCCUUGACAAAAUAAUGCGCCUUGAAGAUUUUCAUGAAAAGGACAACCAAUAUUCCUGCCUUUUUACUGGAUAUCUAAGCAGCAGAAAUUCAUUUGUAGAAAGAUGGAGAAGUUUGAAAAAAUCAGAGCAAACCAAAUCACCACCAACAUUAAGAAGAACUUACUCUAAGAUUAAACCAUUUGAAUUCAAAGAGGAUGCAGUUUGUGAUGAGUUGACUAAUUUGACAACACAGAAAAAAGUAAAUAAGGAAGUUUACAGACCAUCUACUUCAGAAUGCUCCGAAAUGGGUGAUGCUUCACCUUUAUCAGCUGAACCAGUAGGGGUCUAUGAUGAUGACAUGAGUGGUAUGACAGAAAAUGAGAGUAACAUGUCAAAGAAAAGUCGUACUGAUAUUCCUAAGGAAGCUCUUGUGGAAACCAUUCAGAAAAAACUUAAAGGUUACAUGGUUCUCCCUGUAUCUAAAUUGAGACAGCCUUCCUUUGGCAAUCUGCUGAGAGAACCGGAUAUAAAACAUGUCAAAGAACUGGAGAGGGAAUUUUCAGAACGGCCAGGCAACUACUUUCAGUUGAUGGUUGUGAAUGUUUGUGGCGAAAUGAAGGAGGACAAUUUUGAGUCCUGUACGCUUGAGGUGAUUGGAGGCAAUCACUCUAGAGAGGCACUACAGAACAUUAUAUCCACAACAGCUGAUCCAACUCCCUUUGAAAAAAGAAUGUGUAUUGUGUACACAAAUUUAAAUCCUGAUGAGGCCAAAUAUGUAGCCAAUCAGCACAACCAGGUUAGAAAGCUUGGAACAGACCUUGAUCUGGUAGACAGAGCAAGCUGCUUCAGAUAUUCUUUGUUCGAAAAAGCUGGAUAUACCCAUGUCCAAGAUACAACAACGAAAGCAACCCCUACAGGCAGAGAUAUGAUAACAGAAUGGAAGGAGGGGUUGCAGCUUGCUAUGGGAUCUGUCAGUAGAAAAACUCUAAACAACAGAUUCAGACUCGAAAUGAGAUUUGCCCAACUUUCUAGUGAGGUCUGGAUCAAAUUUCUAGACUUUGUAAACAAACUUAAAAUGGAAAUAAAGAAAGACAAGAUUAGCGGAAGACUGUUGAAGCCACUAGAUGGAGUACAAGAGAAAAGUCUGCUGAAAUUCUUAAAGAAUUAUAACAGUGGGAAAAUCAAUUUCAAGCAACUCGUCUCUCUCUGCACUGAGUUCAAAUGCAGUGAUUCCAACAAAAAAGAAUGUGAACUAGGAACAUCUGAAGUAGAGGCAAUUGCCGAGCCAUCGGAAGAUAAAGCAGAUAAAGAAGAUGCCAUAGAUUACAGCAUACUUAUUGAAGCCUUAAAGGAAACAGCAGAUAGAGAGAAGAGGAGCAAUGAUGACCUCAAGUUGAAGAAUGCAGAACUAAAAGAAGCAUUAGAGGCAUCAAAUAGGGAGAAAAAUGAAAUCAAACAAGAUCUAGCACAAAGAUUUCAGGUUGAAAAGAAUAUGCGGAAUGAAAUAUGUCAGUUAAAGGAAAAACUAAAUCAAGUGACAAAGGAAUGUCGAAUUAUGAGGGAAAAGCAAGACAAGCUGAUAAAAAGGAAAAUAACAACAUGCACAGAUGCCACAGAGGAACUAGAAGCCCCAGUUACCAAAAAAACAUCAGUUGAUGAUUGGGACCUUAAGGAGGGACAGGAGGGUUUGACCAUUGGCCUUGUUGUGGCCAUCAAACCAAUCAGACAGAGGGACUUGAAAAAUGGAGAACCAUGGUUGGGCAUCAUCAAUGAUGUAUCGAAGAACAACAUCAAAGUCUCGUGGCUAAUGGGCAACUAUGAAACGUAUUGGAUUCCGAAUCCAGAAUUUCAAGGAUGUUCUCCAGACAGCGUACCAAGAAACAGGGUAGCCUGUAGCUUCAAGUACAUUAGUGACAAAAUCUUGCCAGACCACAUUGUAGAUAAGCUAAAAACUGUAUUUAAAAUUUAAGAUCCCUGAAACUCAUCCAAAAGUAUGUCACUUUGUAUACUUUUUCUAACAUUAUUGGUACAAAAAAUGAACCAAAUCAGUUCACAAAGAAAAAGUUGAACAUUCAGGCACUUAAUACAUUUUUCACUUGAGAAUUUAAAAAUUUUGAUUUUUCAUCAUUAUAUGUGCAUGAUGUGUUUUAAUGAAUACCUUUCUGUUAGUAAUCAUUAUAUGGAGAUUAUUUUGUUUAAUUCAAGAGAGAGCAAUUUUCUUUACAGCUUGCUUCCAUUAAUGGUGAUUGUUUUUGAAGUUUAUUAUAUUAAACUAAUAUGCUCAAUCUAUAUUGCCAGGUGUUGAUGUAAUUUAAUGAAAGAACAACUUCUAUGCAUGUACUUGCGAAUGACAUUUGUAAAUAUACGUACUGUAGCGAUGUAUAUGUAGGUCAAUUUAAAUUAAAUGUUUAUUAUUAGAAACUGAGUUAGCAAAGUGCACCCUUUUAUAAGAAUUUUUUCUUGCGUUUUUUCCUGAUAGUUGUUAAAUUACCGUAUGUGCUGAACUUGCAUAAAGAGUACCGGGUAUAU